AGGGGGCCACAGCACAGAGACACUUCUUCAUACAUCAUAAUUGAUUUUCCAGCCUCAUAACAUUACUGCUGAGUAACACCAGUUUAAGAAGAGUGUUAAGGGUGUUCUGGUAUUUCAGACUACAGCUCCAGAUUUAGAGAGAAAAAGUGCCUUUUUAAAAAUAAAUUAGGCACUUCUUGGAUAUUUCUUGGAUUGGAUUACCUCUCACCUUCCCUGAGGUGGCUGUGGAGACUGCAGAAUGGCUGUGAUCCUUUGGGCGAUGGGUCUCUCUCUGCUCAUGCAGGGCUGUUUGUGCAGUGUUGGGCAGACUGACCAGGGCUGCAUGAAGUGGAGGGAACAUGGAGACGACGUCUGCUGUGAAGUCUGUCACCCUGGAAACCGCCUGGUCAGAGAAUGCGGCCGAAACCCGAAAGAUCUUUGCACUCCCUGUGAGCCCAAUACAUUUACAGUGAAACCUAAAGACUACAGGUGUGCCAGGUGCACCCAUUGUGUGGGUGCUCAAGUCAAAGAGAAGGAAUGCACAGCCACAGCUGACACACAGUGCGGCUGUAAAGAAGGACUCACCUGUGGCGAUGUGCGCUGCUCCUUCUGUGUUAAGAAGUGUGACAAAGGUCAGGAACCUACAGCGAAACGUUCUUGCAGACCAUGUCCAGAUGGAACCUUCAAUGACCAAACUCACCAGAUGUGUAAACCCUGGAGUACCAAGUGUCCCAAUCCAGAUCAAGUUUUAGUGGACAUGGGAACUGCACUGACUGACAUUAAGUGUGCUAAUGUUUCAGUUGGUUUAGUGACCAUUCCAAAGCAACCCGAUCCCACUGAACAGGCGUGGCCAUUGGUCUUAUCUGUGAUCACCAGCAUAGUUCUGAUGGCCUUCAGCAUCAUCAUCGUCAUAGUCAUCGUCCUCAUCCUGACCAAGAGAAGACACCAGAAAAGAAAGAAGACCCAGAAGAUAAUCACAAAAACACCGAUAAUCAGAACCCCUACAGAUGACCCAGCAACAUUAAUAGCGGUUGAGUGCAGUUUCCACGAGGCCCAGCAGGAGCAGGGCAGCAGCUCAGAGUCGCUCGCCUCCAAGGACUCCUCAGAGCGGCUCAUUGCAUGAAGGGAAAGGGACUGGGCUGGACUAUCGCUAUGAAUUACCUGUCAAGGUUUCAUUGAAUUCGGUGAAGAGGAAAAGGACAUCCUAAGUAGGACAGGGGGGUUUCUUUGUGAUACUGAGCCACAAGUUUUCAAGAAUGUCUUUGUUGUGCCUUGGCUCUAUAUGACAAAACACUGUGCUCGCCUCUUUUAUCCACCCUCUUUUCUUUUAUUUGAAUAACCAAAGCUACCAUGACAACAUGGAUGGACAGUCAGAGGUUAUUUUUUGCUAUAACAGUCUAGUGAUCUCUUGAUGAUACAAUACACACAGGGGAGGAAGGGGAAUUUUGAUAGGGAAAACGCAGUGGACUUACAACAGCCUAUUCAACAUGCAAAUAAUGGCAGGCUGUGUUUUCCCCUUUCAGCUAAGCUUGAAAGAUACAGUCAAAUAUCUGUGGAAGGUUUUGAAUGAUUGGAUUGAGUUAAAGGUAAAAAACAUAACUUAUAUUAAAAAUAAGAGCCUUUAGGAAACAACUGGAAACUAUUUUUUUAAAACUUCUUUCAAACAAAGCAGCAGGACCUGGGCCUGUAAAGUAAUACCGUGGUAUGUAAGAGAGUGGGAAUGAGUUUCACUACGUAGAUCUACAUGUCUGAGCUGCUGACUGUUCACGGUGUGAAUGUACAGUGCAGGAGGGUGUCCGACCGCAGGUUUAAGUCAUGUCUAAUGCUGAGCCCACAUACGCCUCCUAGAAUAGAUGUUUUGUUUUACUCAUGUUGUAAUACCCAGCCUACUUACCUACUGGUUACUGUUAUUGUGAAUUUAUGCAGCCAAACAAGAACAAUGUUAUCUAGUGAUGAUGAUUUUAUGUGGCAAAAUGUGAUUUAUCAGGAGAUGGGUUAUGUUACUUUUUGUCUGUUUUUAUUUAUUCAGAUUUGUCUACGGGUAUCACUUUGUGUGAUAAAUUGUGAAAAUGACACAUGCACUGAAGACAAUAGUGUUGUAAACUAUUGUAAACAAAGGGCAAUUCAGGUUGAACACAGCCUCUUCCACCCUACAUUACCUGGAACUACAUGGACUUUCCUACCAUUGCUUUAUUGGUGUCAAAAACUCCAGCGAAGGGAGUUUCCCCUACAUCAAGACAAGUAAUCCUACAUGUUAAAUUUAUGUACCAGGGAGUCUACUGUACAGUACAGAGUUUGCACACCUCUUGAGCAAGACCUGGGCAACACAGUGGCUAUCCCAAGAAAUCUCAGAUAAUAGGAUUAGUCAUAUGUUGCACUUAAUUUUUGAGAUUCCAAAUAACUGUCAUGUUGGAUAUCCUCAGGGCAAAUACAAUAUAUACUUAAUUUCUGUGGCACGCACAACAUCAAAAUGAGGCUCAAGGGUGGAAACUCCCCCACUAAGUCCUGUACUCCUUAUCACUGAUGCUUAUCUUCUAGCUCAGUGGAGUGGGCAGCGAGAACAGACCAAGUGGAACUUAUUUCAAAAGCACAUCUUUUCUGAGCUGUAGCAGGCGUACGUUUGUUGUGAAAUGGAAUAUUCGAGAUAUGUGCUGUGUGGGUUUAGGGUGAAAAUGAUGGCCCACACCUAUAGUAACGAUUCACUGAGUAUGAGUCACAACUUGAGCAAAGUCUGUUGAAAGACCACAGAGUUCACAGGUGCUGUCUUGUGCAGUUAUAAUACAGUAACAUUUCCAUAAGAUCUGUAGCACUUUAUUUCACCUGAUGAAUUUCAUGCACUUGUGGUUUAUGUGAAUUUACCUUUCUGCCUUUGAAGUUUGUACAUAACUUGUUUUUAUAAUAUCCUUCUUUUUUAUAUUGUAUGUACUUUUGUAACUUCUUGAACAGCCAAAAAAAUGGGGAUUUCUUUUUUAUUUGUUGCACUUUGAUACAGAGCACUUGCAUUCAUAGAGGUCCACGUAAGCACUGGUAUAUGUCAUUUGUAUAAAACAAAACGAACAACAAAAAGAGUGUUUUAAACUUGGGAGUAAUAUAAACAUACAAAAACAAACCGAAAAUAAAAACUGAGACCUUGA